GAGAAGUCAAUGUUCAUACCACUGGGGUGUAAACUACCCAAGCGAAAUUUGAUCAGCCAUGAUAACAAUGUAUGGUGGUGCUGGCUCGAAGGGCUGAAUGGCCUCCUGCACCUAUUUUCUAUGUUUCUAUGAAAUACGAGGUGCUGCUCCUCCAUUUUACGGUGGGCCUCACUCUGGUCACCUUUUUCGCUUGGGGAGUUUACACCCCAGCGGUAUGAACAUUUGUAUGGUCAAUGUUUUAGGUCAUUUAAUAAUUUUGAACAGCUGUCAAGAAAUUUUAUUUUUGGAUGUUAGAUGAUAUAUGCAGCGCUUGAAAAUGGUGCUACAAGAAUUUUUAAAAGGAGCAUCCCACUGGAUGAAAUAUUAUCAUACGAGGAGCUCUUCACUUUGCCUUCCUACACUAGUGUCAAAGACUUUAUUAACCAGCUCAUUUUUUUAGACAAUUGUCCUUUUGGAGUCAUGCAUAUACAAACAAAAGAAAUAGACCAGUACUACAACCGAAUACAGAGUUACAUCGCAAAACCACCAUGGAUCUAUUCCAGCACUGGCCUGUACAAUGAUUUCUCUCUGACUAUCUAUCAGGGUCUGCUUUAUGGACUGUUUAACCUGCAUUCAACUUAUUAUAGACCCUAUGCUGACCCAGUCCAAGAUCCUACAUGGAGAUGGUGGCAAAAUUCACGGAAAGCUCAGCAUUACUACUUCUACAUGGCCAGUAACAAACUCUCCAAAGCAGGACUCUAUGUGGAAACAUAUGAUUUUCGGAAGAAAUAUGACACGUUGGAAUUUGAUAGAACGCCUGACAUAAUUUACCUGGAUAAGGGCAAAUGGUAUGAAUUUACCAUCUACCUCACUGUGAACACUGGAAAGGAGAGUGACGAAUAUGAAAUCAAUCAGGCUUGGAUGUCUGUCCAGGUUUCAUCUCCAGAUUAUAUUCUGGCUGUACUAGGCAGGCAGGAGUUAUUGAGUGGAGGAAAUUUAAUAUAUCGGGCCUUCAUAUUGGAUCGAAGCUUUUAUGAAGGACAAAGUUUAUCAGGAGAAGACCUGAUAUUGGUUUCAGUUUCAAUAAAGGUAGUCAAUUCUGACCUUGCCUGCUUUUCGGAGUUUGGGAAUCAGGUUACGAUGCAGGGUAGCAUACAGUUAAAAAUCUAUGUUGGUUGCCCACCAGGAAACAGACUAGCUUUUGACAUUGCCUACACUCUUAACUACAGUAUCAGUAAAAAUAACGUGUACUUUGACUGUGUCGAGCCAGACGAAAUUCCAUGCUUCUAUUACCAACACUUAUUUUACCCCUUCUUUUUAAUUCAAGAUAUGGUAACUGGGGACUCUGAUCGAUUUCUUGGCAGAUAUACGUUUAAAGUAAUUGGAGGUGGACCAUAUAAAAAAACCAACAUUGAAUACUUCACUCAACAGGAAAUUCUGAUGUAUAACUCAGUGAAUUACAGGAAAAGUUACACAUCAAUAUGGAUAACUGCAGAAGAUAAACCAGGUGUUGAAUAUUAUACAAACCAAGGCUUCCUUAUUUUCCGAAGUGAUGUCUUUGGAAUUCGGUGGAUUUGCCAAAAGAAUUCGCCCUGCAAUGAUGUAUCAGCACAAGGACUUAAAGGGCCAGAAUAUUUUUUUGUCAUUGAGGUAUCUAAUAGGGGGAUUGAUACAAGUACAUACUGUGACUACAGACUGGAGUUUAUAAUACAUUUGCAUGGUUUACCUCUCAACCCUCAUCGAGGACUUCUCUUUAUGCUGGUUACAUUGUCCAUAUUGUGGUUUAUCCUCAUUUCUUAUGUUAUCUAUCGCUGCUACUUAAGUUGGAUGCAAAGGAAAGUUAAAGCAGCAGCAACAAUUGACCCAAUGAUUCUGCCUACUCGCUCAUAUGCAAAAUUGCCAAAUAUCUACCAUAGGGGAGUAAAAUCGAGCCUCGACGUUCAUGCGCGCAGGUGAGCAGAGUUGGUCUCCACAGUUUGAUUCAAGCAGCAAUCUGUUAACAAAAGCCAAUAGUGAGCACAAAAACAGGAAUCGAAUUGGCAUUCAGGAACGCCCAUGCAAGCAAGUUGUGCCUUUGUAUUUUGUGAGCAUUCCUUCUUGCAGCGAAUGCUCAUAUGAUUGUUUUUGUGCAGUGUAUUUAUAAUUCUGUCUUAAUGAUUUUGUUUUGCUCAACUAAAACAUCUCCCUAUAGUGCUUUUCCCCAAAUAGUCAUCCUUUGUGAUUUCUGUAUUGCAACUUAAUCCAAAUGUUUUUUUUCCUUCAUUAAAGUUAUAGACCCAAGGUGCUUGUGUGAAUUUAAUUCAUAUAUUUUCCCUGUGUUUGAAACAUUUGUUUCUCUCUCUUGAUGUACUGUGUCACACAGGGACACACACAGCUUUUUCUUGCUCCACCCAUGUUAUUGUCUGGCAUUGAAACAGAUUUCUAAUGUGAGCUUGGGCACUGAAUGCCAGUCAUAAUCUCAAGAGCCAUGGAUGUUUUAUUGUCUAAAGGGCCUGUCCCACGAGCAUACGACCUGCAUGCGGCAAGCGCGACCUAAAGGGCCGGUCCCACCAGCAUGCGCCUGCAUGCGGCAAGCGCGACCAAACCAGAAGCGGGGGCUGCGCGGAGGUCGAGUGAGUGACAUGAAGUUCGAGCGAAGUCCGCGGGAAGUUCGCGCGUGACGUACGGCGUCGAGGUGGCUGCGGGCCGGCAGGCUGCUGCCGCGCGGAAUUUUUGAACACGGUCAGUUCUUCGGAGCCCCGCGCGAUGUCCGGACCAGCUCAGCACAACUCCAUACGGCUCCGGCGAUCGAAAUGGGACCGGCCCCGCGAGGCCGUACGGCUCAAGCGACCACGUUAGGUCGCUUGAGCCGACGGCAAGUGGGCCCCCUAUA